CCAACUUCUUCAACCAUAAACCAGAAACCACACCCACCACCUUCUGCAAUCUGCAUGCCAGUAUGCCACUAAAUUUUCUCAGCUCUUCAAUAACCAACCCCACUUUAUCAAGCUGCAAUCUUUCUACAUAUAUACAUCUACUCUGCAUUUUAUUACUAUUUUUCUUUUUCCAUUUUUUAUUUUUUAAUUAAAAAUUUUGCAUUGCUCCUUUUCUCUCUCUUCAAACUUGGCAUUUUCUGGUCUUAGAUUCGGUCUAUGAAUCUUCUUUUUUGUUGUUAAGUAAGCUGGUUUAGCUCAUACUACUCUAGAAUUUGACAUUUAAUGUAGCUUUUUUUGUUUAGUAGCUUCAUUGUGUAGAAUGAUACCAUAGUUAUUAGAGGACCCUUAUUAUUUGUUUCUUUUUCUGUGGACUUUUUUUUUUUUGGUACAAAAAUGGAUAUAUGGGACAGUUGGUGGGUUUUGCAGUUCAUGCAGAUGCUGGGUUUGCUGAGUUUCUGGAUUUCAUUACCAAAGUUGAGAACUUUAUUCUCAAAAGCUUUUGGCUUUGGCAACAAAUUCAUGAAGGGUAGCAGCAGCAAUGUCUGGAUCUUUGUUUCCAUAUCGCUUCUCUUGUUCCUUUCCUGGGUAUACUCAUUCGUGUUUCCCAGUGAUCUUUCUGUGAUUCAGCAUUAUGAUGAGAUAAUCCCCAACACUUCUCAGUCACUGAAUCACAGUGUUGAGGUUCCCAAUGUUUCUCAUUCAAUGAACCAAAGUUUUGAUUUUGAGAUGCUGAAAUCCAAAGUUGUUCCAAUGGGGAAGUGUAAUGUGUUUGAAGGAAGUUGGAUCCAUGAUAAUAGCUACCCUCUAUAUGAUGCUUCUCAAUGUCCAUUUGCUGAAAGGGGUUUCAAUUGCAUAGCUAAUGGGCGUAGGGAUAGAGGUUAUACAAAGUGGAGGUGGAAGCCUAAGAAUUGUGAUGUUCCGAGGUUCAAUGCCCGGCGAAUACUCGAACAGCUUCGAGGGAAAAGGGUAGUUUUUGUUGGUGAUUCAUUGAGUAGGACUCAAUGGGAGUCUUUGAUAUGUUUGUUAAUGACAGGAGUUGAGGAUAAGAAGAGUGUGUAUGAAAUCAAGGGCAAUAGGAUCACCAAACAGAUUAGGUUUCUUGGUGUAAGGUUUAGUACUUUCGAUUUGAGGAUCGAUUUUUAUCGAUCAGUGUUCCUUGUGAGGCCUGGUUCUGUGCCUAAGCAUUCACCCCAAAGGAUUAAGACAACAUUGAGAUUGGACAAGAUUGAUGAUAUUAGCCAUGAGUGGAUUGAUUCAGAUGUUCUAAUAUUCAAUUCAGGUCAUUGGUGGACAAGGACUAAGCUUUUUGACAUGGGUUGGUACUUUCAGGUUGGUAACUCAGUGAAGCUUGGAAUGACAAUCGAUUCUGCUUAUAACACAGCCCUUCACACCUGGGCAUCUUGGGUGGAGAAUUCAGUCAACAUGAAUAGAACAAGAGUGUUCUUCCGUACCUUCGAAUCAUCUCAUUGGAGUGGAAAGAACCACAAUGCAUGCAAAGUGAGUAGGAAUCCAUGGAAGAGAAGCAAUGGGAAGGAGCGAAGCCCUAUAUCAGAUAUGAUCAAUAGGGUUGUGAAGAACAUGAGUGUUCCAGUAACAGUUUUGCAUGUAACACCAAUGAGUUCUUAUAGGAGUGAUGGUCAUGUGGGAACUUGGAGUGACAAUCCAUCUGUUCCUGAUUGCAGCCAUUGGUGUCUCCCUGGUGUUCCUGAUAUGUGGAACGAAAUUCUCUUCUCUUAUUUGCUUCCAAAACCUCUCUAGCAAUAUUAACAUCAAACCCUCUAUCUUAGUGUGUUGUUAUUUGUUGUUUAAUUGUAAUCCCAUAUGCCUUGUCCCUUGUUAUGAAGCUCUAUAACCUCAAUUUUGACCUCCAUUACUUGGAUUAACUUAGAUAAC